AUGUCUCGCCCCCCCAGCUCAACAACCAGCAGCAGCAGCAGCAGCAGCAGCAGCAGCAGCAGCAGCAGCGGAGAGAACUGGGAGUAUUUCAACCACCCAUCGAUGUCUCGCCCCCCCAGCUCAACAACAACCAGCAGCAGCAGCAGCAGCAGCAGCAGCAGCAGCAGCAGCAGCAGCAGCGGAGAGAACUGGGUGCGUUUCAGUGACUUUCACUUGCUGCUGUUUGUUGCUCGCCUCUUUGACUUGCCGACCGCCUUUACUCUCUGCGAUGCCGUCCGCGAUGAAACCCCAGUUGAUGAGGGCAUGGAGGAUGUGCUCCAGUCUCUAGCAUAG